AUGGCCAACCUGCCCCGUCCCUUCCUCAUCGAACUCGAUGGCCAAUUCGUAGCUAAUCCCCGCAUGAGUGGCGAAAUGGAUGAAUACACAAAAAUUCCGGCCAGCAUCGGUGACCGUGCGAACGCCGCCAUCUUCGAGCUCCGCGAUGGCUACUUGCGUAGGCUUGGCGGACCUGAACCCCUGCACUUUGGUCGUUUCUUUGUCGAGCCGCCGCUCUAUGGGCCGUUGCCUCUUUACUGGAUCGCCAAUCGAAACCAGGUGCGACCGAGCCAGUAUAUUGGGGAUGAGGAUUCCCCCCAGACUUUUGAAAUGGCUGUAUACGUCCUCAAGAAAGACCGCCUGGCACUCUUGGACGAUAUUACCAACAUUCUCAAGAACGAACGCCUUAUGCUAUCUUCCCGAUGCAUCGACAGACUUGGAGACUGCUUGAUGGCCAAGCUAGAGCCGACCCUAAUACCACACGACCGCAAUGACCCUGAUCGCGCAAUCAACAUGGCGCAAAGCGCCCGCCUUCGAAAUAUCAAGGCACAAGGCCCAUAUCGGAUAGUAAAACGGACCAAAACCUCAAAGCACACAUCGGAGCUUCAUCAGAACUCUAAAGUCGUUCGACAUGUCCGCCUUGGACGAUUCGCCGGUUCAAGUGACGUUCACGAGUCUCGUAUGGACGGCGAGUUCAUACCUUUAGAUGGUGCAACUAACAACGAAGACGCAGACGAAUACAAAGCUUUAGCAAUCACGGAAGCGGGACAACAUAACGUUGGGUCGCGCAACUUCAGCCGUUUUGCAUAA